AUGUUGCAGAAGAUUGUCGGUCUGUUGGCCGUCCAGGCGGCUCUAGUUGCAAGCCUACCGGCCCCCGAGCCUGCUCCAUCGCCGCCAGGAGUUCCUUCUGCGUCAACUGCGCGAAGCGAGCUGGCUGCGUUGACCGUUGCACCCCAAGGAUCUCAAGAUGGUUAUUCCCGGGCUGAAUUCCCGCAUUGGAUCACACAAAGCGGGAGUUGCGAUACUCGGGAUGUCGUUCUCAAGCGCGACGGAACCAAUGUAGUGCAAAGCGCGAGUGGCUGCACCACCACGAGUGGUACUUGGGUCUCGCCCUAUGACGGCGCAACCUGGACGGCCUCGAGUGAUGUCGACAUCGACCAUCUCGUUCCGCUCUCCAAUGCCUGGAAGUCCGGUGCAUCUGCUUGGACCACUGCUGACCGACAGGCCUUUGCCAAUGACUUGACUCACCCCCAACUACUGGCGGUGACGGACAAUGUGAACGAGUCGAAGGGGGAUAAGGGCCCCGAGGAAUGGAAGCCUCCUCUCGGUAAGCGCACUGGACGUGGGUUCUCGGGUUACCCAAUAGUCUCGUAUUAUUGCACCUAUGCGGAGAUGUGGGUCAAAGUGAAGUCGGUCUAUAGUCUCACCAUCACGUCGGAGGAGAAGUCGGCCCUGUCCGAUAUGCUGGAUACGUGCUAG